AUGGCGGCUCACUUGACCGCAGUGCCAGGAGGGCCAGAGAAUCUGCGAGUGGGCACGGUACCCAAACCCCAACCUAAAGAUGGAGAGGUCUUGAUUAAAGUUCACGCCACUGCCCUCAACAGAGCUGACACAUUGCAGAGGAGAGGGCUGUACCCCCCGCCCCCAGGAGAGAGCGACAUCCUGGGCCUGGAGGUGGCCGGCACGGUGGCUGAGGUGGGCCCCGGCGUGAGGGGCCCCUGGGUGCCGGAGGAGAGGGUCAUGGCCCUUCUGUGCGGCGGAGGCUACGCCGAGUACGUGGCGGUGGCGGAGGAGCUCCUGCUGCCGGUGCCCCCCGGGCUGACCCUCUGCCAGGCGGCGGCCGUCCCCGAGGCCUGGCUCACCGCCGACCAGCUGCUUCACCGCGUAGCCGAGGUGAAGGCGGGGGAGGUGGUGCUGGUGCACGCCGGGGCCAGCGGCGUGGGAACGGCGGCGGUGCAGCUGGCGCGCCUGGCCGGCGCCGUGCCCGUGGUCACGGCGGGCUCCGCCCAGAAGGUGGACGCGGCGGUGGCGCUCGGGGCGGCGGCCGGGUUCCUCCACAGCCAGGGGGACUUUGCAGACGGAGUCCUGGGCUACACCGGAGGCCACGGCGCGGACGUGAUCCUCGACUGUGUCGGUGGGACCAUGUGGGAGAGGAACGUGCGCUGCCUGGCGGUGGACGGCCGCUGGGUGCUGUAUGGCACCCUGGGGGGCAAGGCCGUGCAAGGAGACCUGCUGGGCCAUCUCCUUAAGAAAAGGGGCCGGCUCAUCACCAGCCUCCUGCGUUCUCGGAGCCUCCAGGUGAGUUAAUACAGCUCGUUAGUCACCUCCAGGUAUGUUAUUACAGCUCAUUAGUAGCCUCCAGGUGAGUUAAUACAGCUCGUUUGUUACCUCCAGGUGAGUUAAUAAAACUCGUUAGUGACCAUCAGGUGAGUUAAUACAGCUCGUUAGUAGCCUCCAGGUGAGUUAAUACAGCUAGUUAGUAGCCUCCAGGUAUGUUAUUACAGCUCAUUAGUAGCCUCCAGGUGAGUUAAUACAGCUCGUUUGUUACCUCCAGGUGAGUUAAUACAGCUCGUUAGUAGCCUCCAGGUGAGUUAAUAAAGCUUGUUAUUUGCCUUAUCGUGAUAAGUAAAAUAAAUAGAUAUUCAUCUAUCUACAUUAUGACUUAAUUUCCAAUGUUGUCUUUGCAUCAUUUCCUCUCGGCAAGAUAAAGCUGACCUGGUGAAGGCCUUCUCCGAGAGAGCCUUGCCCUUCUUCACAGACCCACAUCAGCCCGCCCUGAAGCCAGUGAUUGACAGCGUGUUCGACCUACAAGACAUCGGCGAGGCCCACAAACACAUGGAGGCCAACAGAAACAAGGGAAAGAUUGUUGUUAUAGUGACUCCACAGAAUCAGGGUGGGGAGUGAUGGCUAGAGUUUACACAAACAGACCUUGCUCAUUAUGGACCAAAUAAAGAAGAAGAAUUAAUCUG